AAUGUCAAUGACUGCCCUGGGUGCCUUCGAGAUAGCGCCCAAGACGUUGCAAGAUGCCUCCGAGGGGGUCUCAAAACUAUUUUGGCUCAAGCCGCGAUACGGGCGAGCAUAUUCCCGAUUUACAGCUUCUGGUCAGGUUUGCGCUUCCCCACCAGCUCUCCUGCACGCGAUGACGUCCACCAAUGAGCUCAAGGAGCUGAAGCAGAACAUGUCGCCGAUCGUCGCCUGCUGCUGCUACGAGCUGUCCUGCACUGCCAGCCAGGCCAUGGACCCGCCGCUCAUGGGCUCCUUCAAGGUUUGCUGCUGCGCGGGAUCCAUCGCGCUCGAGUGCUGCUGCAUCAGCUGCGAGCCCGACCCCUGCUGGUCCGAGGAGCGCGGCUGUUGCGAGAUCGCGGCCAAGAUGCUCUGCUGCUACACGGAGACGCAGUUCCCCCCCGGCAAGGACAUCGGAUGCGGUUGCUGCGGCAUUGCAUUCUGCCGCACGAGCGACGACGCGCCUCCGGCCGAGGAGUGAGGGGCCCUGACUGGGGCAGCUUGUUAUGCGCACGCAUCGUUUGAUGCGACGGUGUAAUCUCGUCCGGCGCUUCCCCAGCAAGAGCAAGAGAGGGUUCGCAAAGACGAGUUGCUCGCAGUUGCUGUGCGGGCGUUGGCCUCUUCUGAACUGCUUGUCCGCAGCAAAGGUGCUUGUCUGCGAGUAAAAAAAAGGAGAGCCCCAGGGGGCCACGAGGAGAUCCCAAGAGCGCCUCUCAAGAGGGCCCCAAGAACGCCCCCAAGCCAGCGCAAGCCCCCCAAGACGGUCCCUCGGGGAACCCCUCCGUAGCCAGUUUGACGCGAUGACGUCCACCGAUGAGCUCAAGGAGCUGAAGCAGAACAUGUCGCCGUUCGUCGCCUGCUGCUGCUACGAGCUGUCCUGCACUUCCAGCUAGGCGAUGAAUCCGCCGCUCAUGGGCUCCUUCAAGGUUUGCUGCUGCGCGGGAUCUAUUGCUCUCGAGUGCUGCUGCAUCAGUUGCGAGCCAGACCCCUGCUGGUCCGAGGAGCGUGGCAUUUGCGAGAUUGCGAGCAAGCUCUUCUGCUGCUACACGGAGGUGCAACUCCCCCCGGGCAAGGAUAUCGGAUGCGGUUGUUUCGGCGUUGCAUUCUGCCGCUCGAGCGACGACGCGCCGCCAGCCGAGGAAUGAGGGGUCCCGCUUCGGGGCGCUUCUUAUGCACCCGCGCAAACCUUUAGAUCUUACGGUGUGACCGCACUCAGAGAUCCUUUUGCGAUUGUUGUGGGGAUACAGGGCUCUUCUGAAUUCUGCCGGCAGCAAAUAAUCUUGGUCUCGAGAA